AUGAAUGCCGAGACGAUAGUAGUGUACCCGGCCCCCGGGAUUGGCCACAUAAUCUCAAUGGUCGAGCUCGGGAAGCUCAUCCUCGGCCACCAUAGCACCGACCUCUCCAUCACCAUCCUCCUAACCACCAGCUGCAUGGACUCCCCCUCGGUCGACUCCUACAUUGCCUCCAUCUCCCGUUCUCACCCGGCCAUUUCCUUUGUUCAGUUCCCCGCCCUCGCCGAGGACCCCGAAAUGGUCCAGAGGCGCAGCCCCGGUGCUGUCCUCUUUGACUUCAUCAACCGCAACGCCCCCAACUUCCGCCGCUCCCUGCUCGAGAUAGCAGCUGGCGGUGGCCGUGAUCGACAUGUUCUGUGGCUCAGCGCUGCCGAUAAGAGUCUGAAGGAUCAACACGGCGUUUUGCUCAACCUCCCCGGCGGGCUGCCGCCCCUCAAGGCCACCGAGAUGCCAGAGCCAGCCCUUGACAAGGACGACCCCGAUUUCUCCAAUAUGCAUGAAUUCUGCUUCUUCCUGGCGAAGUCGGAUGGGAUUCUGGUCAAUACGUUCGAGGAGCUAGAGCUGACUGGGCUUCGGGCCCUCACCAGCGGCAUUUGCGUCCCCGGCGGCCCGACACCGCCUAUCUUUUGCAUUGGACCACUCGUCAGUGGGCCGGAAAGCUGGGACACUGACAGCAUUAAUGUCCAAGACGACUUAGCAUGGCUCGACCAACAGCCGAGCAACAGGGUCGUGUUCCUCUGCUUUGGGAGUCGGGGAACAUUCACGGAGGCGCAGGUCGAGGAGAUCGCCGUCAGGCUGGAGCGGAGCGGGCAGCGGUUCUUUUGGGUGCUCAAGAGACCGGCCUCCGACGAGAUAAGCAAGCAGGUGAAUACGAACCUGUCCGAGUUCAACCUCGAGAGCGUGCUCCCAGACGGGUUCCUGGAGAAGACUAGGGACCGAGGGAGGGUCGUGAAGUCGUGGGCUCCACAGGUGGAAGUGCUGAGCAAGGGAUCGGUGGGGGGCUUCAUGACGCACUGCGGGUGGAACUCGGUGCUGGAGGCGGUGGUGGCUGGGGUCCCGAUGAUCGCGUGGCCGCUCUAUGCAGAGCAACACUUGAACAGGAACAUCCUGGUGGAGAACAUGAGGAUGGCAAUCGCAGUGGACGAGGGCGGCGGCGGUAUCGUGGGCUGGAAAGAGGUGGAGAGGGCGGUGAGGGAGUUAAUGGCCGAGGAAGGAGGGAAGGAGCUGAGGGAGAAGAGCUUGAGGAUGAAGGAGAAGGCCAAUGAGGCUUUGGAGGAUGGUGGGUCCUCCCUCAACAACCUUUGCAAAGUUGGUUGACAUUUGGACGGCCUCCUAGUCCCAAAACCAAGAGACGGUAUAUUUCAUGUUCGAUUACGGACUUGGUUUGUAACCGAAAAAUGAAGUAAUCAUAAACAGUCCUUCGAAGGACUUUGGAACGAAUCAUAUAUGUGUGGCUGAUCUUAGGAUGUGGGAUCAAAAUGUUCCCUGAGGGUCGGUCGUUAAAAUGACGGUUGAUUUGUUACCUCAAAGUAGGUAACUGCCUGCAGCUUGUUGUAGACUACGUGACUC